GCAGGAAAGCGAAGCAGAGGAAGGGACGGAGAAAAACAGAGGAGAGGAUCAAUGGAGGAUCUGAAAGUAACAAUAUUAAUGGUGGCAGUUCAGGUGAAUGAAGUAGGACUGAACACUCUGAUCAAAGCAGCCACCGACGAAGGGAUGAGCGACUAUGUUUUCGUUGUCUAUUCAAACGCCGUGGCUUUCUCUCUUCUUCUUCCAUCUUCCUUCUUUUAUUAUAGAAACCGACCUUCUCCCCCCAUCACCUUCUCAAUCAUCUGCAGAAUAUUUCUUCUCAGCUUGCUCAUUUGUGCAGCGCAGACAAUGGUAUAUGUCGGUAUUGGAUAUAGCUCUCCUGUUCUUUCUUCAGUCAUGGGUGACCUCUCCCCAGCUUUUACCUUCCUUCUUGCCAUCAUUUUCAGAUAUGAAAAAGUGGAGAUGAGGCAAGUGAGCAGUCAUGCAAAGUGUAUAGGGACAGUGUUGUCCAUUACAGGAGCGUUAAUGGUGACCCUGUACCGAGGGGAGGCAAAUAGUGGAGAUUCCAAUCUGGAAGACGCUAAGGCAAUCGUCUUGCCACAAGAUGAGUGGCUUCUAGGGGGCGUUCUCCUUGCACUCGGCAGCUUUUGUCUUUCAGUCGUGUUUAACGUCAAGACAUGGAUAAUGAAGGAGUACCCUGAGGUUAUGAUGAUAGCAACCAUAUCAUGCGGCUUCGUGGCGAUGUUAUCCGCCAUGGUUUCUCUUAUUGCUGAGGGAGAUAAUGCUCAAGCAUGGACUCUUCGCGCUGAUAUGGAGUUGGCUGCUAUAUUAUACUCUGGGAUUAUUGUGGUAUCAAUGAGAAGCUUGACAAAUAUAUGGGCAUGCGGAAAGAAGGGACCCGUGUACGUGGCCAUGUUUAUUCCUUUAGGAAUGGUCAUCGCACUGGCCAUGGGACUUGUGUUUCUCGGCGAAUCUCUCUCUCUUGGCAGCGUGAUAGGGGGUGGAGUGAUAACUAUUGGGUUUUAUGGCGUUUUAUGGGGUCAGGCUCAACAGGAAAAGAUGGCUUUUCAGACAAAAGUAAUCUGUAGCUCUGUGUCUUCUUCUUCUAAUGCAGUGCCUCUUCUACAGAACCAGUGCCUUGCAAGUUUCACAAGCCUUUGGAAUGAACCACAUCCCGGAAUUGAGUUCUGGUUCCAUUACGACUCAGAGUUAACGAGAAUGGGGAUGGUCGUUCUGCCAUUUCUGGGAAUGGUGAUGGCGGAGUGUGCGCAGGUUGGCUUAAUCAUUGUCAGCAAAAUAGUCAUGUCUCAAGGUAUGAGCAGCCUUGUUUUCGUCUUCUUCUCCAACUCCCUCGCUGCCCUCCUUCUGCUUCCUUCUUCCUUGCUCCUCCACAGCAGAUCUGAGCGUCCCCCAAUCACAAUUUCUACUCUCUGUGGUUUCUUCUCACUCGGGUUGCUCGGCUAUUUGGCGCAGGUAUUUGGGUAUGCUGGGAUUUACUACAGCUCUGCUACGCUCAGCUCGGCCUUGCUCAACCUUGUCCCUGGUUUUACAUUCAUCCUUGCUGUUGCUUUUGGGAUGGAGAGGUUAGAUUGGAGAAGCUAUAGUAGCGUUGCUAAAUCACUAGGAACCGUAGUAUCAAUUGCUGGUGCAUUUGUUGCAACUCUAUACAAAGGCCCUCCACUUCUGGCUAGGCCAUCUCCUGCAAGCUCCUCUCGACUGCAACUUUUCUCGCAAGAGUCUAAUUUCAUGCUUGGAGGACUAUUUCUUGCGGCAGAUUGUGUGAUGGCUUCAGCAUACAUCAUCAUGCAGGCUAAAAUUGUAAAGAAAUAUCCGGCAGAGUUGAUUAUAGUAUUCUUUUAUUGUUUCUUUGUGGCCAUUCUAUCCGGCGCAACCUGCUUGUUUCUGGAAAGAGAUGCAAGUGCAUGGAGCUUACAGCCCAUGUUGAGAUUGCUUGCAGUUUUAUACUCGGGGGUUUUUGGUUCUGCAUUUCAAGUUGGUGUUACUAUAUGGUGCCUCCACCAGACAGGACCUGUUUUUGUCUCUAUGUUCAAGCCCUUGGGCAUUGUUAUCUCAGUGAUUGCAGGUGUCAUCUUCCUUGGAGAUUCAUUCUAUCUUGGAAGUUUGGUUGGUGCUAUUGUAAUAGUUGUUGGGUUCUAUUCUGUGUUAUGGGGCAAAGCCAGAGAUAUUGACGAUGCUGGCGUGAGAAGUUCAGAAUCAAGUGGCGAAAACACUCCUCUUUUAAAGUAAAAUAAGCAGCUUAAGGGAUAUAGAAGAGGCUUUGGAUUUAUUCAAAUUCAUAUUGCCACACGAAAAAGUGGGAUGUUCUAAUGUAGUAUUGCUCUGCACAGAGUGAAGAGUAAGCUCUAGAGCUAUUUACUCAUGCAUUGGUGCCAGGACUGGGACAUUUGAAACAUAAUUUCUGGUUUCAACUUCAAGCUUGUAAGUUGUAAAUAUGAUUUAUUUACCAAAUCUUUCACCAAGUAUAGCACUCUCCAUUUAAAAGUAUGAUGUUAUUUGUUAGCACUUAA